AUGGCGAUUUUACUCCUGGUCUGCUGGGGCAUUUAUUACGAUUUCACGCGGACGAAGAUCCCGCCUGGAUUUCAGCAACCCCUGAAGUUGCGUUUCCUUCAUGUGUGCAUUGUGGUGCUCUUCACGCUGGGGAAGACUUUGGAAGUCCUGCAUUUAUGCAGGCAAGUCACUUUCAUUCGCUUCCUGAUACGUUUGAAGAAAUCCAAGAUCCAUCCUGGGGUUUCCGCAAGAGAUUUCUUCUUCGACGGGAUUCCUGUCCGGGUUUAUUAUCCCAAAUCCCCGUGGUCCGGUCGGAGAAAAGGCUUCGUUUUCUACCACGGAGGAGCUGGCAUGAUUGGUAGCAUCCAUUACUACGAAGAUAUCACCAGCAAACUUGCGAAGGAGAGUGAAGCCGUGGUGGUCGUGGUUGGCUACCGCCUGUCCCCGGAGCACCCUUUCCCCGCUCAGUGGGAGGACUGUCUCACCGCCACCGUCCACUUCAUGAAACACGCCGAGGACCACGGCGUCGACUCUUCGCAGAUCGUCAUCGGCGGGGACAGCGCGGGGGGCAACUUCGCCACCGUCAUCACCCAAGAACUUCUCAGACGUCCGGACCUCCCCAAAAUCCGCGCUCACGCCCUGAUCUACCCGGGUCUCCAAGCUCUGGACUUCAACCUCCCGUCGUACCAGCAGAACGCGUCCAUCCCCAUCUUGUUCCAAGAGAGCGUGGUGUUCUACGGGCUGAAGUUCCUCUUGAAAGAUUCCGCGUUGACCAACGAUAUCAUGAAGGGUUGUCACGUACCGGACGAACUUCGACAGAAGUUCGAGAAAUGGCUCAGUUUGGACAACAUCCCCGAACGAUUUAAACGGCGGGGGUACAAGAGAUGUCCGUUGGGACAAUUCAAGCCGGAGGUCCACGACCAAGUGCCGAAUCUCCUCCACGCCACGUUUUCGUCCCUCUUCGUCGAAGACGACACUUUAAGGCGGUUCCCGGAGACUUUUAUCGUCAGCUGCGAGUACGACGUGCUGCGGGACGACUCGUUGUUGUACAAGAAACGGCUGGAGGACAACGGGGUGAAAGUCUCCUGGUUUCAUGCCGAGCAAGGAUUUCACGGCAUCAUCAAUAUCUGUUAUAUGAAUUUCAUCCGGUUUCCAGCCGGGAUGGAGAUAUUGGAGAAAACGGCUGCUUUUGUCCGGGAUUUAUGAGAUGUUUUUUUUUUCCCGCCUUGCUUUGAUCAUUAGGGGGUCCUGGAUUUGCAACGGUUCUGUUUAGUGACCGUUCAAAGUUACAACGGCACUGAAAAAGGGGACUUAAAAGCAGUUUUUCACACUUACGAGCAUGAUGUUAUCCCUGUAUGUAUGUAUAUGCUUCUGGUAAAAAUCUCUUUUUCUCUUUCUUUCUCCUUCUCUCUCUCUUUCUCUCUCUUCUCUCUCGUCCUCUUUCUCUCUCUCUUUCUCCAUCUCUCCCUCUCUCCAUCUUUUUCUCCUUCUCUCCCUCUCUUUCUUUUUCUCCUUCUCUCUCCUUCUUCUCUCCCUCUCUUUCUCUCUCUCUCUCUCUCCUCCUCUCUCCGCCGGCUCCACUUAACAACUGGUGUGACUCACUUUACAAAUGCAGUGACUCGCUUAACAAACGCGGCGAGAAAAGUCGUAAAGCGAAGCUCGCUGAUCCAAUGUCUCCCUUUAGCCACAUCACUUUUGGGCUCCGUUUUGGUCGUAAGUUGAAGAUUCUCUUGUGGAAGUCGCCUUCC